AUGCUCGGUCUUGCCGCAUCUCCGGUCGGUAAGCGUGGCAAGGAAGCGACGCCGGGCGUCGCCACCGCCGCCGCGGGCGGCGCGAACAGGGGUAGCUCUCAGUCUGCCCGGAAAGAGGCGUUUCAGCAGUGGUGGGGAAAGGUGCUCAAGGCCCUCCGCAAGUGCUUCACUGCCCGAGCGUCUCCGGGGUCUACCCGCUGCGCGAGGUCUCCCGGGUCUACCCGCAGCGGUGGCAUUCGCAGCCGCACAGCAUCCGCGGCUUCCCGCUCGAGCAGCCUCGGCGGGGACGAGGAGCGUCUUCCGCUGAUCAUCGGAGGUGGAGCUGUCAUGCCUAGCUCCCACGGCAGCCUUCCGACGACCACCGCCGCCAACACCCUCAGCAACAACAACCUGAGCAGCAGCGGCGGCAGCCUUGGGCGUUUGGGUGCCGGCAGUGGCCUCGGUGGGAGCGGCAACAGCGGCGGUAGGGCCAUUUUCUCGAAGCCCGCCAAGACCGUGAGCUUCGCAGGGGACGACGACGACGCCGAUGACGAUGUCUCGGGCAGCAGCACCGGUCGCCCCGGUAGCCCCGUGCCGUCUCUCGGCCGAAACGGCAUCGACGGCAUCAACGGCGACAGCAGGGGCAGAGCCGCCUUGGAAGAGGUUAGCCCCGAGGGCUCCCCUCUCAGGGGCGGCAGCAGGCGGUCGCCGUUGUCCCGGCGAGGCACGAGCUACGGUGCAGCCGGCGCGGGGCCGAGGACUAUCGGUGGCGCGGUAGCGGCCGUGGAGGCGGGAACGGUGACUGACGCGGGCGAGGUUUUGGGUGCUGGAGACAGCCGGGGGCAGGACGAAACGGCGGGGGGCGCCGCGACCGUGAGCGGGGGUACGGGGUCGCUGGCGGGGGGGGGGGGGGCGGAGGAGCCGGACUCGGCCGAGGAAGGCGAGCUGAUAAGCUUUCUCGUGCUGGACUGCUCCAAGGUCACGAACGGCUUGUUCCUACACGUUACCCAUGCCCCAAGGAGCGAAGGUGCCCAGGCUGGCCUGACGGAGAGGAUGGAGACCCUCCUCAGCAUUCACAAGGCCAUCGGGCUCGAGAAUGUCGCCGUCUUCAAGACGUUCUUCACGGCUGUAGACUGGUGCGAGACCCAGCUGAUCCGGUCUCUUGAUGCCUACGAGGAGGACGGGAAUGCCAGCUUCUGGGCUACGAGCCACUUCUCCAGACGCGAAAGCUUCAAGAGUACGGCGGUUAACAUCAAGCACCUCUUGAGGCAGGUCUUGGAGCUGCCGGAGUCUGCUUCGGCUGUCGACGGGAUCGAGAGGUAUUGCUCAGAGGAGGAAUACCAUGCCGGAGAGUUGAUAUUCUCGCCCGGAGAUGAAGCUGACAGCUUUUAUGUGGUCACGGAUGGACAGGUGAUGGUGGAGAAGUCUCCCGACGGGUCUUCAAGGCCGCAGGAGCUACGCGGACGGGAGGACAGAACAAGAGCAAACAGCGCCGCAAGGGCGGGGGGACAGGUCCUUUUCAACGUCGGCGCUAUUUUCGGCUACGUGGACUACCAGCUCGAAGAGCGACGGGCCCAUUCGGCGAUAGCCGUGACGGACGCUGUCGUCACGGUGUUCCCAAGAGCUCACCUUGACAGGAUGAUGGAAGAGAAUCCGCGACUGCUUUGCCUCUUGGAGAGGAGCGUCAUGAAGCACCUAGCGCUAGAGCUCAGCAAUCUACCGGUCUAGCCCAACUCAGCGUCACCCGGCUCUUUGCCUAAGCUUUCUUUUUGUUUGGUAUAGGCCAUCUAGCUCUAGGAUGGUGGCAAACCGGUGUAUCAAGGAACAUGUUGCUCCCAUUACUCGUGAUGUCUGUGUCCUGA